AUGGCCGAGAAUAUAGUACGCAGAAUCAUGGAGGAAAUCGAUCUGCAAGCUCAUGAGGCAUCUGAAGUAUACUGUGAGUGGUUCCGGUACCGGUGCGACAAAUUCUUCAAACAUAUGCUACUGGGCUUAACCACCGGACAAAGAUUCGAAAGGUUGAUGGAGAUAGAGGAAAACGUCAUCAGCCUAACAAAAGCCAAGGAUCCCAGCGAAGCCUUGGACCGGCACGCAAUAGUGGAACCGCGUGCUCGGCUACAAAAGCUAGCCGAACAUAUUCGAAAACUCACAGAAAGGUAUGUUGCGGGAACACCGACGUCUAAACUACAACUCUUGGUGUUGGAGUUACUUGCGGUAAAGAAAGGGGAGUUCAUCGACGAAGUGGUGCGGCUUGAAACGGUGCGCGAACAGCAAAAUACAACGUACUCUACGCGUCUUGAGAAUGUUGACGGUCAGAACCCAGGCGAUAAGUCUCCUCUAGCGGAUCAGGCUAUCAACGAAACCGACGAAAGGACAGAGACUCCUCUCACCGGCCCACGCGCAUCCGUUCAAACCGGGGAUUCAGAACCAGCCCUCACAGAAGAAAAAGUUAAGUCCCUCAUUCAAGAGUUUGUCAACGACGCGGUUAAGCCCUGGAAGAAGAAAGCUAAGAGGGUCGCGGUUCAAGCAUUCAGGAUGGCCGAAACAACAAGGGAUGAUCUUGGGAAGGCAAACGAGCGGAUCACGUCGGUCGAAACAAAGUACCCUGACGCCGAUGCACUGUACGACGCUCAUCUUAACCGUACCAUAGCCUUGGAAGAUACGACUUCAAAGUUGGUGGAUGACUUGGAACGGUUUCAAGAGAAGACCGAGCAACGGCUUACAAAGGUCGAUGAGGACCUGGGGCAGUCAAGUACCCAAGUCGGUUCGAUACUCGACAAGGUCACAAAUCUUGAAGAGAAGAAUGCAAGUCUUGAGGAAAGGAACACCAAGCUUGAGGCCGACCUCAAGGCGGUCACCGAACAGGUGAAUGAACUGAUAAAGGCCAAGCUGGCUGCCGAUAAAGCGGUUGAGGAGGAAAACGCUCAGGCGGCUAAGGAACUUCAAGAUGCGCUGGACGAAGAGACGCGGAAGAAGAAGGAGGCACCACGAUUGUCUGAUGCGGAAUUGGCCGAACGUAUACGAAAUGUAUCGGCCAGAAAUCCGGCACUUGCAAAGGCCAUAGCAGCUCAAGAGGCCAAGGAUGCAGAGCGGUUCAACGCUGAAAAACAAAGGUACGACGAAUAUGCCAAGGCUCACAAGAAGACCAAGGUGGCUCCCUCCUCUUCGGCUACGGGAACACGAAAGAGUAAAGUUCCCUCAAGAAAGGCUCAAGUCACCGAGAUGCUGGGCAGAAUCACCGAGACAGUUGUCGACCCCCACUGA